AUGAAUAUUAUUUCACUUAUCGUUGACAUUGGAGGACACUUGGUGGCGCCAAUCAGAAAGCAUUUUUGCUAUCUAAGUUGCUACAAUAGCCACAUCAAGAAUCUCAAAGAUCAAUUUCAGAAGCUGGGUGACAAGAGAGCUGGGGUGCAAUUAGAAAUUGAUGCAGCAAAACAGAACGGAGAGGUAAUUGCAUCUGAGGUUGAGAGCUGGGUAGAAAAGGUAGACAACAUCAGUGAAGGUCUGCAGAGAUUCCUUGAGGAAGAUGUCAAAGCAAAUGUGAUGUGCUUGAAUGGAUGGUGUCCCAAUUUGAACUCACGUUAUUUCUUGAGUAGGCAAACUAAGAAGACGACUUUGGAAAUUGAUGAGCUAUUAAGGGAUGGACAAUUUGAUAAAGUGUCCUAUCCUCCUUCUCCACCACGGGGAAUAGCAACUUCUUCCAAGGAAGGUUUUAAGGUUUUUGAAUCAAGAAUACCAGUUAUGAAAGAACUUUUGACUACUUUCAGGGAUGACAAGAUCAACAUGAUUGCCAUAUGUGGGAUGGAGGGGAUUGGAAAGACAACAAUGGCCAAAGAGGUAGCAAAAAGAGCCAAAGAUGAUAACUUAUUUGAUGAAGUUGUGAUGGUAGCAGUGUCCCGUAAAAAAGACUUAAGCAAGAUUGAAGAUCAAAUUGCUAUGAUGCGGCGUAGGGAAAUUAACUUUGAGAAUGUUCUUGUAAUAUUAGACAAUGUUUUGGAAGAACUUAAUCUAAAGGAUGUAGGAAUUCCUUAUGAAGUUGAACUCAAUAGUUGCAAAAUCUUGUUAACAUCAAGAAGCGAAGAAGUUUGCAAUCAAAUGAAAUCUCAUAAGAUUGUUAGAAUUGAAGCCUUAACUAAAGAAGAAGCAUGGAGCUUUUUCAAAGAGAUGGCAGGUAAUUGUAUAGAUACUCCAAAUCUACAUAAAAUAGCAAAAAAGGUUGCGAAGGAAUGUAAAGGCAUACCUAUUGCUAUAGUUACUGUUGGAAGAGCUCUAGAAAACAAGAGAAAGAAUGAGUGGGUUGCUGCACUUCAACAGCUUAGAAAGUCUAUCUCAAAAAAUAAUUCAGGUUUGGAUUCAACUGUCUAUUCCAGCAUAAAGCUCAGCUACAAUUUUCUAGCAAGUGAUGAAACCAAGUCAUGUUUUUUGCUAUGCUGUUUAUUUCCAGAAGAUUAUGAUAUUCCUAUUGAAUAUUUAGUCAGAUUUGGAGUGGGACAAAGGUUAUUUGCAAAGAUUGAUAAGGUGGCAGAAGCAAGAAAUAGAGUCCAUGCAAUGGUUGACAAUCUUAGAAGAUCAUCUCUUUUGUUGGAUAGCGAUGAAGAAGAAUGUGUGAAAAUGCAUGAUGUUGUACGGGGUGUUGCCAUAUCAAUUGCUAAUGGACAUGUUUGUUGGGAAGAAUGGACAGAGAAACAUACAUAUGAACAUUAUGUUGCGAUUUCGAUUGUAACUCAAGAAUUGAAAAAUCAUCCUGAUGGCUUGGAGUGUCCGAAACUUGAGCUUCUACAACUAUCAUGUGGAAAAGAUGCUACUAGACAAACGCUCCCAAUCAAUCUAUUUAAAGGGAUGAUGGGAUUAAAGGUUUUGGCUAUGCAAGGUAUGUCUUUUCCAUCACUACCACAAUCCAUACAGGUCCUUCAGAACCUUCAGACAUUGCUUCUGGAAUACUGUGAGAUAAAAGAUGUGUCAGCAAUUGGAGCACUUGGGAAACUAGAAAUGCUUAGUUUUCUUGGUUCUGAAAUCAAGGAGUUGCCCAAAGAAAUAGGAAAUCUGAGUCAUUUAAAGUUGUUAGAUCUGUCAGAAUGCUCUGCUCUUCAGCACAUUCCACCUGGUCUACUAUCAAAUUUAUCUAGACUAGAAGAGUUGUACAUGGGAAAUGUUUCUGUCAUGAAUUGGGCACCAACAGAAGGCAAUAAAGAGGGAGCCAACGCAAGCCUUGCUGAACUAAGGUCUUUCUCCGAUUCUUUGAUGGCUUUACGUCUUCAAAUUCCAAACAUCAAGUUAUUGCCAAAAGAUUUGCACUUCAAAAAUCAAAUGAUAAAAUUUCAGAUAUAUGCAAGUAACGAGUCAUUUAUGCAUUGGCAUCUUAGCAACUAUUCUACUUUCUGGAACACAACUCAGUAUAUAUUUAAAAACAGUUUGGCACUUGAAGGAUUUGUUGCAAGUGAUAUUGUGGAGAGUCGGAUACCUCGCCUACUGUUACAAAAAUCUGAAAUUAUAUUGUUGAGAGGAAUAAAAGAUUUCAAAAACAUUCUCUUCAAGUUAGACGAGGAGGGUUUUCCAUGCUUGGAGGUUCUAAGCAUUUCAUAUGGUGAAGAUGUAGAAUACUUAAUUGACGCCACAUCAUAUCAGACUCCUCGUGUUGCCUUCCCUAUCUUGGAGUCAUUGGAACUCAUGGAACUUCCUAAUUUGAAAGAGAUAUAUCAUAGCCAAAUCCCACAGAGAUCCUUUAGUGGUACACACUCACAGCUUGCUUGUUUUGGCAAACUAAGAUCAAUUACGCUCCUCUCUUGCAAAUGUUUGAAAAAUGUCUUUUCAUUGUCCAUAGCGAGAGGUUUGGUUCAACUCCAAGAGUUAGAAAUACAAGACUGUGAAGACAUGGAAGAAAUAUUUCACAAGGAAGGAGAAGAUGAGAAGGCACUUAAUGAUAAGAUCAUGUUUCUGCAAUUAACAUCAAUAAAGAUGGACUAUCUACCAAGACUCAUUGGCUUUUGUACAGGCGUGGGUCCUGUUGAGCUUGUCCAACCAUCGUUGUUGAAUCAGGAGGUUUGCUUGGAUUUGAUGCUUCUUACAUAA